AUGACAAGUCUUCCAUUUUCCAGCCCAUUGAAGCCAGCAGAGCUCCAAGUCCUGCGGGCACAAUAUGAAAAGGAGGGCGACUAUGUCGGAAUCCAGACCAAGUUCAACUACGCAUGGGGCCUGAUCAAAUCCAACACCCGACCCGACCAACAAGAGGGCGUCCGCCUACUCUCCGAGAUCUUUCGCUCAGCCCCCGAGCGACGGCGCGAGUGUCUGUACUAUCUCGCACUGGGCAACUUCAAGCUAGGCAACUACGGCGAGGCCCGUCGGUACAACGACCUGCUGCUCGAACAUGAGCCUGCCAACCUGCAAGCUGCUAGUCUGGGAUCGUUGAUUGAUGACAAGGUGGCCAAGGAGGGCCUGAUGGGCAUCGCGAUCGUGGGUGGCUUGGCUGUGGCCGCCGGCGUGGUGGGCAGCCUGGUCAUCAAGGGAGUUCGAAGGCGGUAG